AUGCAUUUUAUAGGUUCAAAUUAUAACCGUUCGCCGCGGCUGGUGCCAUACCCGAACUACCAAAUAAACCGACUGCCGGCCGCCGGUCAUUCGACCACCAACCAUCUCAUCAACACGUACAGGAUAAGCGUGGACACGUGCGACCGCUUGUGGAUGAUCGACAUGGGGAUCUCGAACGGCACGAAGCUCGGCCAACCGCAGCUGUUCAUCUUUGACCUGAACACGGACCAGAUCGUCCGGCAGUUCAUCAUCGCCCAAGACCUGAUGCGCGUGGACGGAAACACGUGGUUCCCGGGCCUGUUGGCGGACACGAACUCGGAAUCGUGCGACCGUGCGUUCGCCUACCUUCCAGACCUCGGCGGCGGCCUGGUGGUGUACGACUACCAGCACAACACGGCCAAGCGAAUCGAGCACCAUUACUUCUACUUCGACCCGCUGGCCACCGUGUUCCACAUCGGCGGUGUCCGAGUCGAGUGGCCGGACGGCUUGUUCGGCGUGAGCAUGUCCGAACGCCACCGGAACGGCUACCGGACGCUCUAUUUCCAGGCAAUGUCCAGCACCAGGAUGUUCUCGGUGGACACGAGCGUUCUGCAGACGAACACGAGCGGCAGGAACACGUUCGAAGAGUACCGGCAUCUCGGCCACCGCGGUGCUGGAAUGCAGGCAGGUCCCAUGACCUCGGACGAGGCCUCCGGCACCGUUUUCUACGCGCUCGUCAACCAGGACGCGGUCGGUUGCUGGAACCCGAAGCAGCACGACCACCUGUCGUCCGAGACCUCAGCCGUGUUGGCACAGGAUUCUGAGACUCUCGAAUUCCCGGGCGACAUCAAGGUGGACAAGGACUCCAACCUGUGGGUGCUCAGCGACAGGAUGCCCCGCCACCGGUUCGAUGUUAACAACUUUGACGUGGAAGACAUCAACUAUCGUGUGUUCAGAGCACCUGUCGCCGACGCCAUCCGCGGUACGGUUUGCGAAUCGCCCCGCACUUUGACUCGGCCACCGUCCGGUCCUAACCAUCCCUCGCGACCGCGGCCAACCACCACCUCCACCAACAGUGGAAGUGCAUGGAACACGCCGUCCUCCAGGGCGAAGGAUUUCGAUUAA